AGAGCUCCAGGGUGGCUCCCAGUAACGCGGAUGCCAGAUGAUCGCUGUGGAAUGGAUGUCCCUCGAGACGCAACCACGUGACUGAGCUCAGCCACGUGACAGUCGGCAGCAGAUGGCAUGGGUACCAGCACUGGCAGUUGGCAUCAGUGUCAUUUCUCAAAGAGAGAAAGAAAGCGACAGAGAAAAGGAAGAAGAUUAGAGAAGCACACUGACAUUUCCGCGGCGAAGGAGAAGGUGCUGGCGCUGGAAUUAAAAGGACGAGGAAAAUGAACACUGAAUGCUGACACACAAUCCAAGACAAUGCUGACCUUGCCCCUCGAAGACUCCGCGAUGAUGCCGGAGACACAGUUCAGUGCCGAUUUCCCACAAGACUGCGUUGACGAGGUGAAGGUUCGAAAACAAGACCCCUUCCUUAAAAUUGAAACAGUGUCCGGCGCGGUGAACAAAAACGACCCGGGGGAAGAGUCGGAGAGGGACGAGGACGAGCCGGAGGAUGGUCAAGACGACAGCGGGUACCCCAGGAGGAGGGGACCGCGGAGAAAGAAGAUGACGAAGGCUCGGUUUGACAGGGUUAAACUGCGGCGUCUCGAGGCCAACGCCAGGGAGCGAAGCAGAAUGCACGGUCUCAACAGCGCGCUCGACAGCCUGCGCAAGGUGGUGCCGUGUUACUCCAAAACGCAAAAGUUAUCCAAAAUUGAGACUCUGCGACUGGCGAAGAACUACAUAUGGGCCCUGUCUGAAAUCCUCAGCACCGGCAAGAGACCCGAUCUGUUGACCUUCGUGCAGACGCUGUGCAAAGGACUGUCGCAACCCACCACCAAUUUAGUGGCGGGGUGUCUGCAGCUGAACGCCAGAAAUUUCAUCACAGAUCACAGCGGGGACGCGCCUUUCACUGGCAGGGCUCCAUACGACGCGGUGUACCCACCGUACCACAGCCCGGAGAUGGGAACACCCGCGGGGCACGGCGGCGGGACCGCGGACAGCGCCAAGCCAUUCAAACCGCUCAGCUACUGUGGGGUUUACGAGUCUUUCUACGAGAGCGCUUCUCCAGAGUGCGCCAGCCCCCAGUUCGAGGGUCCCCUCAGUCCUCCAAUUAACUUUAAUGGGAUAUUUUCCCUCAAACACGAGGAACCAUCCGAGUAUGGUAAGGCGUGUCACUAUGGCAUGCGGUACUGCGCCGUGCCAGCGCGCGGUUCCCUCGGCCACAAUUCGAUGUUCAGGAGUUCCUCCGAAAUCCAUUUCCCAUAUGACAUUCAUUUGCGCGGCCAGUCAUACACGGUGCAGGACGAAUUUAACACCGCUUUCCACAAUUAAUUAGCUAAAUUAAGCAAUUUCUACUCCAUCAAAUAAUUACUGAAAAUAGACAUGACAAAGUAGUGUAUUAUUUGGACACUUGCGGUAUUUUAUGUGAAAAAAUUGCAUAGCUAGACAACAUAUUUUUAUUUAGCAGGCCUGCAUUGACUAAUCGCAAAUGUUUUAAGGGAACAAUUCAUGGGAAAUAAAUUCGGUGUGUUUAGCUACAAAGUGCUAAGCUUAUUCAAGUCUACGUUGUGUAUUGGGUGCCACCGCUUGAGUUAAUUUCAGAAUAUGGAGUAUAUGCAAAAUGGUGCGUUCUUUUUCCGUUAUUUUUUACUGUUAGUUACUUUCAUCCGUUUACAACAAUGAAUUGGUAUAUAAGACAUCAUUUAGUGUUAAUUUCCAGAUUUAAAUGAGUAAUUUCAAACCGUAUCUCCGUAAAGCAAUAAAGACAGAGCGAACUAUGCAAUAAAGCUAUCUCUCUUGUCUAAUAAAGUCUCAGCAAUUCACACUUAAUUAAAUACACCAAGCGGCAUAAGUCUAAAUUUAAAUUAAACCUAUCAUCAAACUUGUUCCUUUGUACACCAGGAUCCCGACAGUUAUUCCACAAAUCGGUAUAACUUUUGAAAACAAAACUUUUUUUUUCUGGGAGACAGAGUGGCCAUUUUUAUCACACACAAAUUGUAUUUGCCCGUCAAAUAAUAUUUAUAACUUUAUAAUGUCCAUUUACCUAACACGUCUAGUCUAUCAAGGUUAGAUGAUAUUGUAUUUUUUACACACAAAAAUGCAUGAUUUAUGAAUACCGAAAUACUUAGGUCCAUAAGUAGGCUACAGAACCCAUUCAUUCGUGGAGCACGAAUAAAAUUCACGGUUUGGAAUACAUUUUUUAUUUUAUUUUUUUAUUUACACCAAAAGAAACAUCAGCAUCAGUUGGUGUGUUCUGGAUUCAGCGUUGUUUGGGAGUGCGAAUGGAUAUAACUGCCCAAUCAAAGACAGGCCUGCUAUGCCGCGUGAAGGCGUGCAGUGCAAGAGCAUCCAACGUCUGCAAAUGCGAUGACGUCAUUAUGUCGAACGUUCUAUUGACAUGUGAAGGACUUUUCAGGAAUGUGUGGAUAAGACCGAUUUUUAUUUAUUUAUUUAUUUAUUUAGUUUGACGUGUUUAAAUCGAGGGUUGUUGUUUACAUGUAAAUAUUAUUCCUUAACUAAAUGAGCUUUGAUGAAAUGUGGCUGUGCAACUUUAGUGUGUGUUUACCAGAUGUCAUAUGGAUUUUAUUUUCUUCACUUGCGAAAGUAGGUUACUGGUUGUUUGGUAUAUUUUUUCCUUGAAGUUUUGUGCGUAGUCAGCUUUUAUGAGCCUAAAAAUGUACAUUUGACAUAUUAAGCCUGAGGAAAAUUCUCCAUGAGAACAAGGCUGUAGUUAAGUGUCUUAUAAUUUCAUAUGGUGGAAAAUUUCUGGCCUUAAUUUAAAUGAAAUAUUUGGCACGUAUCAGUUAUGCAAUGGGCAUGAUGUUAUCGGUCGUGGUUUUGUACAAGAUAUUUAGUUUUUUCUUGUUGAUCUUCGGCCGAAUUUAUUUGUUUAUGGUUAUUUACUUAUUUUUCCUGAGGGAGGUAGUACGUUUCGCACUGCAUUGCACAUUUCCAUUUGACUACAUUGUUUCGAACAGAAAAUUAACAAAUAAAACAUCUAAAUAUCUUCUCUUUUUAGCUUCAUUCAAGAAUAUGUACAUGUUUAAGAAUGGCUUAAAUUGAAUAAUCAAAUAAUUUUUUUUUGCUUUCGUGUUGAUUUUUUAAGGCUGACCGUCCCUUCGGCUUCAUUGAAAUGUCUCCAGUGUAUUUUCAUAUCGACAUUGUGUGACGUCUAACAUCAAAAAUAGCAUAUAAUUGGUAAAUGUAUUAGGUAACCGUGGAAUAUUUUAAUUAUUUAAAAUGUAAAUUCAUUUCUCCCCCAUACAUGCAACAAAUAUUUUCAAAAAUAAUAUGUAGACUGCCAAAAUAGGGACGUGCACCCUACGACAAUGGUUGGUCGGAACCCAUGGGUGACGAGAUAAAUAUGAAAAAAAGGCAAUCAAAGAACAAACACACCGUAUGCGAGUGUGGCCUGUCGUAAUGUAAUAACCACAUAUGCGUUUUGGAAACUAUACCCUAGGACACCUUCAUAUCUCUAUUCCGUGCCCUACAUUGGUCCAAUAUUAUUUUUAUAUGAAUUGUGUGCCUGAAUAUUAAUUGGUAAAUGCAUUUGACCACUGGUGUUGUGAUGUAGUUGACGCUUUUCUUGGACAAAAUUAAAAUCGUGAACCUGAUUAUAUCUUAGGACUGGUAACUGGUAGCAAUGGGAGCUACUAAUAGUCUACCAAGGCAAGCUACCGUUAAUCAGUCAAUACACGUAGCCAACGAUUGGGAGAGAAUGUGACAUGUGAAAGUUGAUUCCAAUUCAGUCUAGCCACAAGCAUGUGCUUUCUAUUUUUGUCUUCGUUGUACCCGUAUCAUUGAGCCUUUAAGAGUCGCUGAAAUGAACGAAAAAUAUGCGGACAUAGUAUAAGAGCUAAAUAUUUGCAGCGUUAAGUGUUUUAUGGCGAAGGCAAAGUGUUUAAAAAAGCAAACAGACUACACGAAAAGGCAUUGCCAAAACGCAUAUUAAAUUGCUUGUCAUAAUGUAUGCCGGGCAGAAAGCGAGGGACCUCGCGCCAGUCCUUUCAAGACGAUGUGUGCGUCUGCGUUCAAUGUCAACGCGUGCUAUUGGCUGCGCUGUAAUAAGCGAAGCGCAGCCAAUAAGACACAUUUCUUGAGGGCACUGGGGCCGUGACCCUGGGGAUGAGUACAGUAAGCCGAGUUGGGGAACCGCUACAAAACACUUGGUGGGAAAAAACUAAAUAAAAAAUGCGCUAAUGGCGAUGCAAAUUUCUGCUGGAAGGACUGGUUUGGAUUCCAAUUAUUGGCUGGUAGAACCAUGAGUAUUCAGGUGAAUACCAGUACAUAUUGAAAUUUGUAAACAUGAGUUGUUGUAUUAAUGUACACAUGUGCGCACACACAGAUAAAGACAUGCAUUGAUGGGCAAAGGCAAACACACAUAACAAUACAGUAGAUACACAGACAAACAAAUAUGCACAUUUGCACAUGUACACACAAAUAUAUGCAUAUAUGCACAGGUACGCACAGAAAGAGACAUAUGAACACACGCAGCAUUGACAUUUACUGUGUGCAGAUGCACUCUUUUGAAUAAUAAGCCAUUUUUUAAGGUGUUUUCAAGUCCAGGCACUCAUUUUCAAAAUGCAUUGCAGCGUUUAUCUUUUUCACAUGUAAAAACACAUGAAAAAAUAAAUGUCUGUGAGGGCAUGGAGCUUUGUGCUUAGCCGGCAGGGUAUGUGUGCGGUUGAUGUCCCCCAUGUAGACAACUCCAUUGCUUGAUAACGAA